AUGAUUUUGAACUCCUCUAGAUUUUCUGUGGGACUGCCUGCGCUAUGGGUGGUCUUUGCGGCCCUCAAUGCCUGUGCCAUGGCGGCGACAUACCCGUAUACUGUUUAUCGCGGUACUUUCAUUCAACUUCCCCGAUUGAACUCAACCACAGCAACUCCUGAGCUUGCUCGCACUGAAGGCGCUCUCUGGGUUGGCACUGAUGGCCGUAUUAAAGGAUAUGACUGGACCGUUAGCAAUGAUGCGAGCUUCAAUUCGUUCCUCUCUAGUCACGGUUGGGCUGAUGCGGAUGCAUCGAAUGCAAACUCCAAGGCAACCAAAGUGAAGGUUGUCAAGUCAAACAAUGAUCGAAAUGAGUUCUUUUUCCCUGGCUUCAUCGACACCCACAUCCACGCUCCACAGUUCCCCAACAUCGGCCUAUUCGGAUCAUCCGGUCUGCUGGACUGGCUGAACGAAUACACCUUCCCCAUGGAAGCCAGCUUCGAAGUCUCCCCCGAGGCCCUCCGCGUCUACGACCAAGUCGUCGCCCGCACCCUCGCCCACGGCACAACCUGCGCCUCGUACUUCGCAACCAUCCACGUCCCAGCAACCAACGCUCUAGCAGCGCUCUGUCACUCGCACGGCCAGCGCGCCUUCAUCGGCCGCGUCUGCAUGGACAACAAAGACCAAUGCCCAUCCUACUACGUCGACCAAUCCGCCGAGCAAGGUUUCAACGCAACAAAGUCAACAAUUGACUACAUCCACGCCCUCGACCCCAAAGGCGCCCUCAUAAACCCCAUCGUCACCCCCAGAUUUGCACCAAGCUGCUCCAAGGCCUCCCUUGACGGUCUGGGCAAACUAGCAGCAUCCUACUCCCCACCCCUGCAUAUCCAAACACACAUCUCCGAAUCAAUCGGCGAAGUCGAGCUCGUCCAACAACUCUUCCCAGACUCAACCAGCUACGCAGACGUCUACGACAAGUCUAAACUGCUCACUAAUCGCACGAUCCUCGCGCACGGCGUGCACCUCACCAAAGACGAGCUAACGUUGAUCCGCAGUCGGGGAUCGAAAGUCGCGCACUGCCCGGCAUCAAACUCCGCGCUGGGCUCCGGUCUCGCACCCGUGCGCUUCAUACUCAACGCAGGCGUGACAGUCGGCCUAGGUACAGACGUCAGCGGCGGGUACAGCCCGAGCAUUUUGGAAGCGGCGCGACAGGCGUGUCUCGUCUCGCGGCUCGUGCAGUACAGCUCCGAGUACCAGGACGAGACGGGCAAUAAAACUUCUGAUGGUAGCGAGAAGCUUAGUGUGGACGAGAGUCUGUAUCUUGCUACGCGGGGCGGUGCUGCGGUCGUCGAUAUGGCGGAUGAUUUGGGUGGGUUUGAUAAGGGGAUGAUUUGGGAUGCGCAGCUUGUUGAGCUUGGUGCUGUUAAGAAUAGUACGACUAGUCCGCUUGAUGCGAAGCCUACGGGGGUUGUUGCGCGGGCCGUGACGACUGGGACUGUUGGGAAUGUGGAUUUGUUUGGCAAUGAGACUUGGCAUGAGCAGAUUGAGAAGUGGAUGUGGAGUGGGGAUGAUCGGAAUGUGAAGAAUGUUUGGGUUCAGGGGAAGCUGGUUCAUACUAGGAAGUAG